CCUCAGCUGUGCUCGGCCUGGGGCUGGGGUUUUGAAGAUCUCCAAGGGGAUUCCAAUGUGCCUCAGUCUGGAAACCAGACUCUAGCGUCAGGGCGGCCAACAUAUUCCUGCAAGCUGAAGACUUUAAGUGACAAGUCAAGAGAGGCUAAAGUAAAAAGUAAACCCAGCAGGACUGUUCCGUAUUUGCCAAAGUACUCUGCUGGGUUAGAAUUACUUAGCAGAUAUGAAGAUACCUGGGCUGCACUUCACAGAAGAUCCAAGGAAUGUGCAAGUGCUGGAGAGCUGGUGGAUAGUGAGGUGGUUAUGCUGUCAGCACACUGGGAGAAAAAGAAGACGAGCCUGAUAGAGUUAGAGGAGCAACUUCAGCAACUUCCAGCUUUAAUAGCAGAUUUAGAAUCCAUGACAGCAAAUCUGACUCACUUAGAGGCAAGUUUUGAGGAGGUAGAAAACCACUUGCUGAAUCUGGAGGAUUUAUGUGGACAGUGUGAAUUAGAAAGAUACAAACACAUGCAGUUGCAACAACUGGAAAAUUACAAGAAAAAUAAGAGGAAGGAACUUGAAACCUUCAAAGCUGAACUAGAUGCACAGCAUACCCAGAAGGUCCUGGAAAUGGAGCAGGCCCAACAGAUGAAGCUGAAGGAGCGGCAGAAGUUUUUUGAGGAAGCCUUCCAGCAAGACAUGGAACAGUACCUUUCUACAGGUUACCUGCAGAUCGCAGAGAGGCGAGAGCCCAUGGGCAGCAUGUCGUCCAUGGAGGUCAACAUCGACGUGCUGGAGCAGAUGGACCUGAUGGACAUCUCGGACCACGAGGCCCUGGACGUCUUUCUGAACUCGGGGGAAGAGGACGCCGCGCAGUCCCCCGGCCGAGGGCCCGAAUCCAGCACCGGACCAGAUGAAAUUACCAUUCAGGUCCCCCGCCCCUCGGACCCACAAGCCACGUCACCUUCCUCAUCCGUGACCCGCACAGACCUGGCCACCCAGGACUCCCCUGAAGGCGGAGAGUCCCCGAUUGUUCAGUCUGAUGAGGAGGGCGUGGAGGUCGACACUGCCCUCGCCACGCUACACACGGAUGACAGCGACUGCUGACUCAUGGGCCCUGCCCGCCCUGGGGCGGCCUCAGCCCGCGCGGAGCCGGUCCCGGAGGCUUCAUUUCUACAAAAUUGCCAAUAAUGUCCGGGAAACUGACAGAACAGGUAACAAUAAAGUUUCGGGACCUAAACCCAGAGUCCAUCGCGAGUUUAUGCUGGAAGGCUUCUAACGCCUCCCGCAGGCCCCGGCGCAGGAGCCGUGGCUGGGCCUGGGAGCCCGGGGCUUGCACCAGGCGGGGCUGGGCAGUGUGACCAGAAUAAAAACCCUUUUACAGAGUAAAAGACUCGGCUUCCUCUGAAGUACAACCGUAGUCAGCCUCCUCGCUGAACAGCGUGGGUUUCACUGGGUCGUGGCAAAUCGUCCACAGCCUGGGAACCAGCCCCACCCGGUGCCAGAGCGCGCCCCUGCGCCCGAGGGAGGCGGGACGCCUCAGCUGAAAGCAGCGCCCGCUCUCUCCUGCCAAGAGCUCCCCUUUCCCAUCAGCCGGCCGCACAGCGGGGGGAAGUCAGAAGUGGGGUGUCUGCGCCCCUCCCGGGCUAAGGUGGACCUCCGCCCACGGUGAGAGCGAGCUCGUGUCAUUCACCUUCCACAAGACAGACAGAUGUCCAAAAAACUUUGUUUAUUAUUAAACCUUGUAGUACAAACCUGAAAAGUAAACAAAAACUGGCAAUAAACAACAUGAAGUCUCCCCUCCCGCGGGAGGAGUGCAGAGCAGCGCUAAUAAAUUAAAUGUCAAACUGUAAGCCGUAGGCAGAAGUUUACUGUCCAAAGAGGGAAAGUGUACACAGCAAGGCCAUAAAAACCGGACAACCACAUCGGAAAACACGUGACCGUUUAUGCCAUUGUUAAAUAUUCCAAAACAGUUCAGUCUUCUGCAACAACAACCGACAAAGUGUAUCACAGGACGCCCUGACAGUCCCACUGGCAAGCUCAGUGCAAUAUGGGGAGCUACGGGAGCGAUGAGUCCAAUUAUGAAACGAAGAACAGCUUGUGAAAACAGUUUCCCUUUUUUAUUCCACACAUACUGUACACACAACCGGAGAAGGGCAACAGCUACUCCAUUAUUAUUGUGUUGUUGUUCAGUGAUGUAAGCAGCACUUAUAAAUGUUACAAGAAAAACCCUGUAAGCAUCCAAUCCAACCGAUGAAGAAACGGAAACGUAAGGCUUUUCUUCAUCUUGUCUUCUCACCCCUCCCCACCCCCCCACCGAGAAAAAGGCUCAAGUAUUUAAAACAAUUUACAGGCGUAUGUACAAAAGGGACGGGCUUUUUUUUUUUUUUUAAACUUUUUUUUUUUUCCUUUUUUGUUACAACAUGAAGAGAAAAAAUAGACAAGAUGAGCGCAGAUGCAUUUCACAUUCAAAAAGAACUGCAGACCUCCUAGUGGCUCUAAGUGUGAUCAUCAACGAAACAGACUGAAAAAGAAAGAUUAAUGCUGACUUGUGAAGGUGAGAAACGAGCAGUGAUGUGGGGAUGGAAUGUUCGAGAGAUUGCACGUCUAUGACAGCGAAGCCCUUGCGGCUUCGACCACUUUUUUUCCUUUUUUUUUUUUCCUUUUUUUUUUUUCCUUCCCUUAAGGAUGCUAUUGAAGGGUUUUUUGAUAAAGUAGCCAACAGCACCAAAAAUAACAGAAUGGAUUUCCUAAUGAAAUCAGGCACAGGUUUCCCUCACGUGACCCCUCCAAGGCAGGCAGUCUUUUCCCUCUCGCGCGCCUUUUCCUUCCUUCAACAGAUGCAUAGUGAUGUGCUGGUAGAGAGACCCUCGCCACUCGAAUCUCAUCGCCCAUGGUUAGGAAACAAAAGUCCGCCUUCAGCUGCCACAACCGCCCAAACACACAACAUGGGGGUUCUCCGGUUUUAAAAUUACAAACUCAUCUUGCACAUGACAGAAGAAAAGACAGCCAAAGUAAAGCCAUUUCUUUUCAAGUUUUGUGUGUGUGUGUGUGUGUGUCUCCUAUCCCUUUUCCUCGCUAGAAAAAUCUGCUCACAUGACUGAUGUUUUAAAAUUUGUUCUCCAAACUUCACCCUCUUCAAAAAUGGGUUUAAAAAGCCUUUUUUUCCCCAACAGUUACAAAAAAAAAAAAAAAAAAAAAUUCAAAACAAACAAAAAGGCUUUUGUCAGCCGUCGGGGGCGAUACAAAUUAAUACGGCCCCUCAGGGUUUUAAAACAGUGGAUAUACGGCAGUUUCCAAAAUCUGACUGCAGUAUCUAGGUAUUCUAAGUACAAAAAAAAGUUCAACAGUUUAAUGCUAAAACAAAAUUAGUUCUCUAAAACCAGAAGAAAAUCUUCUUUAGAGCUAGUGCAAAGACAGCUUGUAUCCUACGGCAAGUACUCCAAACUAGAAUAUAAUAAUUACAAAAAAAUAUAUAUCAAUCAAUCGACCACGGGUGUUGGCAUCUUCACGACGAGCUCGAAGCACUUUUGGAUGAGCUGGAGCAGGAAAGCCGGGAAGGCGGCACGUCCACCGUCGCUCUCUUGCGGGGCCCUCUUUUUGGUGGGGGUUUACUGAGACAGUUCUCGAUGCUGCCGUUCUUACCAGACACCUUGCCGCAGAUCUGGUUGACCAGGCUGAUGAUCUGUUCCUGUUGCGGGUUGAAAGGAAGACACGGGAUUAACCAGCCAGAAGAGCCGGGUCCCCAGACGACACCCCAUCCCACCCCCCCGCCGGGGCUCGGAGCAGCCUUCACCAAAACAACAAGUCCAGGCUCCCCGCGCGGCCUGGGUGCGGUCAGGGCCCCUGCUGCUGCGGCCGCCCAGGUUGGAACGAUACGUCGCGGGGACUUGAGACACUUUCCUUCUAGGAGCAAACCCCGCCACUUCUCACCUUGGGCCGGCGCCCGCCGGCCCUGUGUGGGGGCUGCACCAAGAGCCCCCCACCCUGUUGCUGGCCGCCUCCCAACCUCAUCCCCUCCAAAAAUCCAGGCAGCCUACUACCGUGGCUCUAAGGUCUGAAAAGACUCCUAAGUUAAGGCCGGGAGAUCCAGCCCCCGUGUCACCACACACCCGCAGCGGCGCCCCCUGUGCAGCCAGCCCACGCCUUUGCAGCCCCUCCCGCCCCCCAGCUGCCCUGCAGGCCGCCUCAACCACAGGCCCGCACUGGAGCUUCAGUUCACCCUGAACUGGAGCUUGGCGAGGUGAGCGGCUCCCACCCCAGGCCCCUGGCAGCGAGGAGGGGGACGCAAGUUCGCUCAGCUUGCUGCCAGGAUGGUGGCAGCGCCUGAGGCUGCUGGUGUCUGGCUGCCCUGACCCCAGGGCUCCUUCACCCGGCCUUGCACAUUGCAGUGACGCCCUCCUUUUCCCCCACGAAGGAGAAACGGCAAACAGAAACAGGGAAAAAAAGGGACAGGAUUGCAUAUUUGAAAGAAAAGCCAAUCUGAUCACCUAGAGCACUUGCGAUGGGCCGACGUGCUGGCAGGAGCAGCAGGUGUGCGUGAAACCCAGGUACUCGUGCCGAGGCCCCACCACACAAGGCAGCCACAAGGGCCGGUGGGGGAGACCGGGGAGGCCCGUCUGCCGGGAGCAACUCAGGACAGCGAGUGUGCUCGGGGGUCUGGGGCCAUUUCUGAAAUCCCCUCAGGGCCAGAAAUCCCCCUAAUAAGGAAAAAAAAAUGCACAACUCGAGAGGAAACUGAUAGGCAGAUUUCCAUUUACUAAAAUAAAUGCGGAUACUGGCAAAGGCGGCUUCUAAAUACCUCUCUCUCCUUAUCAACAGCGAUGACUAAGCUGCAGGCCCACAGCCCUUCCUCGCGGUUCUCCCAGGGUCUGGCCGCAGCACGACGGCCCGGGCGGGCGGGCAGCAAACCGGGUUUCGCAGAGCACCGAGCCCUGCGUGCUGCCACCAGCCUCUUACUCACCCCGGGCUUAUUUUUAACCAUGCUCUGACGUUUGCUAUUAAGGCAAAGCAGCAGGCGGGCACGGCGGUUAUUGCCUUGCUCUACGUGCUCUUGAAAAACAAAGAAGAUGCGCUGAGGUCUAUUUCCAGCUCUCCAGCCUUGUCAUUUAGCCAGAGGCGCAUCGAGUCUGCCCACAGCCUGCCCCAUACGCACGACCACCUGUCCGGAGACGCGGAUGCCGUCACCCGCCAAGGGCCCCGCAGCCUUGGA